AGCUCUGUCUUCCCAAGAUUCUCCCCUUUCCCCAGAGAAGAGCACAGGAGAGGGAGAAGAAGCAGCUCUGCGCCUCACAGCCAGAUCCCAGGAAACAGUGACAUUCAAGGAUGUGGCCAUGGACUUUACACCAGAGGAGUGGGGGAAGCUGGAUCCUAUACAAAGGGAUGUGAUGCUGGAGAACUAUAGGAACCUGGUCUCGCUUUGGCUUCCAGUUUCCAAAUCUGAGAACUACAGUUUGGAAAAUGGAAAGGAACCAUUGAAGCUUGAGAGAAGAGCCCCCAUAAGUACCUGUUCAGAAUGGCCUUUUUGUUAUGCACAGAAAAAAAAACAAAAGGAAUUUGCAUUUCCAAUGUCUUUCAGACGUGGAGGCUAGACCCAAGAGCAAGGAUUCAACUUCAGUGCAAGAUUUUUCCAAAGAGGAGUCAUGCCAGGUUGCAUUUAUAGACAGACUGACGAAGAAGAGUGUCUAUGACUCCAACUUGGAAACAGCAAUUGAAUGUGAAAAUUGGUUAGAGAAUCAGCAAGGAAAUCAGGAAAGACAUUUGAGGGAAAUGCUUGCUCAUGUGAAUUCACUCCCUGAAGAAGGAGGUCAUGAGCAUGAUGUGUACUGGAAGAACUUCAGUCAGAAGUCUGUCCUUGUGACUGACCACAGAGCUCCCAAAAGAUCCUGUACCUUUCAUACACUUGAAAAAAGAUUGAAACAGAAAUCAAACUUAAUAAAAAUGCAGAGGACUUAUAAAGAGAAAAAGCCUCAUAAAUGUAAUGAUUGUGGUGAACUCUUCACCUACCAUUCAGUGCUAAUUCGACACCAGAGAGUCCACACUGGAGAGAAACCAUAUACCUGCGAUGAAUGUGGGAAAUCUUUCAGCCACAGAGCUAAUUUAACUAAACAUCAGAGAACUCAUACUAGAAUUCUCUUUGAGUGCAGUGAAUGCAAGAAAACCUUCACAGAAAGCUCAUCUCUUGCAAUACAUCAGAGAAUUCACAUUGGAGAGAGACCUUAUGAAUGCAAUGAGUGUGGGAAGGGUUUUAAUCGAAGUACACAUCUUGUGCAGCAUCAGUUGAUUCAUACUGGAGUGAAGCCUUAUGAAUGUAAUGAAUGUGAUAAAGCUUUCAUUCAUUCCUCAGCACUCAUUAAACAUCAAAGAACUCAUACUGGAGAGAAACCCUAUAAAUGUCAAGAAUGUGGAAAAGCCUUUAGCCAUUGCUCAUCCCUAACUAAGCAUCAGAGAAUUCAUACUGGAGAAAAGCCAUAUGAAUGUAGUGAAUGUGGAAAAACUUUCAGUCAGAGUACACAUCUUGUUCAGCAUCAAAGAAUUCAUACUGGAGAGAAACCCUAUAAAUGUAAUGAAUGUGGGAAAACCUUUAGUCGGAGUUCAAAUUUUGCUAAGCAUCAAAGAAUUCAUAUUGGAAAGAAGCCCUAUAAAUGUAAUGAAUGUGGAAAAGCCUUCAUUCAUUCAUCAGCUCUCAUUCAACAUCAGAGAACUCAUACUGGAGAGAAGCCCUUUAGAUGUAGUGAGUGUGGGAAAAGCUUUAAGUGCAGUUCUUCCCUCAUCAGACAUCAAAGAAUUCAUGCUGAAGAGCAACCCUAAAAAAGGUUACUGAAUGUUAGGAAAUGUAAGUUGGUUUUAUCAGUAAAUACCUGAGUGUUUUGGUGGAAGAUCCAUAUGAUAGACUUGUGGGUCUGUUCUUUACAUCUAAUUUUAUUCACAUAAUACAUAGUUUUGAGCCAUUGACUUCCUUAUUCUAUUAAUUUGAUAAUUAUCAAAACUUUCAGCCAGAGAUUCCCAAAUUUUAAUUGCCAACUUCUCAAAUGAGUAUUCACAGAAAUUCAAGAAAUCCUUGUGUGUGUGUGUGUGUCAGUAUAAACAUUGUGAAAUCUAAUCUUCCCCUCCUGUGGUCAUGUCAGAGCUUUGUUGUAGCCUCUCACUUGGUAAGGAAAUUCUUAUACGGUAGGUUAGUCUUAGGGUUUAUGUAAUAAUCAGGAAGACACAACAGUGUUAUGUGUUACUCUUUGAAUCCCUCAUAGAGAUCUAAGUAUUCAGAUGGUGCUAUUUCUCCAGGAAUGUCCUUUUAUAUUAAUUGUAAAAACUAAAAGAUUGAGUUGAAAACUGUUUGGGAUUCCCUUCCUCUGAAAGCUGCUGUCUAAUGUGAUGAACAUAGCUAUUUAUAUUUACAGAACAUUCUAAGUUGACUUCACAUGGAUUAUGU